ACUUAACAAAUCUCGCUCGGCCGCUCUCUCUCUCUCUCUCUCUCUCUCUCAUUCUCACUCUUUGAGACAAGACCAACCACAGAGUGUUUAAAGCUUUUACUCUUUUCUCUGUGACUGUGUUUCUCAGAUUGAUUAUCAAUGGCUUUCUCAAGACCUCUAGUGUCAUCCAUGUUGCUCGUCUGUCUCCUCUUCAGCUUCUCAGACGCUAGGGAGAUCUUAGUUGGCGGUAAAACAGACGCAUGGAAGGUCCCAUCCUCUGAAUCCGAAUCUCUAAACCGAUGGGCCGGAGCAUCUCGUUUUCAAAUCGGAGACUCACUCGUGUGGAAGUACGACGCCAACAAGGACUCAGUAUUGCAAGUGACCAAGGAGGCGUACGCCAGCUGCAACGUUUCGAGCCCCAUCGCUGAAUACAAGGAUGGAAACACCAAGAUUGUGCUCGACCGAUCUGGGCCAUUCUAUUUCAUCAGCGGAGCUAAUGGACACUGCGAGAAGGGGCAGAAACUGAUAGUGGUUGCACUUUCUCCGAGAAGUGGGUUCAUUAGCUUUUCUCCGGCCGCAUCUCCGUCUGAAAUCGAGGCCCCUGCAGUGGCUCCAACAAGCAGUGCUACAAGCUUAAAGGGUGGCUUGAUGGUGGUGCUUGCGAGCUUGGUGGUGGGCAUGGUUUUGUUCUGAGAACAGAGGAUAGAUCAACUGGUUUUGCUGGAUUUAAGGGUAUAUUUGAUUCAUUUAUUGAUUUGUUUUUUGGGGAUUCUUUUUUGGGCAUGAAUUGUUACAAUUAAUAUAAUUAUAAUGAAAUUUAUAUAGAUGGAUUGUCUCUAUCU